UUAAAUACAUGAUCGGUGUAGUAAGGGGAGUCUGACAGAAGCAGCCAGUCCUAACAGUGUGCAGCCAGGGAGUAAGAGAGGCUAGGCAGUAUGCUACAGGGGGGAGUCAGAUGAUUUACAGUAACCUAUACAAGGCACUCUGCCCCCCAAUAAAUGCUCUUCUGCAGUCUGAUGAGCUUCCCAGACUGAUGGCUCUGUACAGACAGACCACCCUCUGAUGCUUGUAGUGGAUGGUACUCUUGGCAAAGUUUGGAGGUGAAGUGCUCUAGCACAGGACCCUGGUUAUUAUCUCCUCUUGUCUACCUGUGAGCUGUGCAAUCCCAGAUGGAUGGAUCUUUUCCCUGUGUAGGACACACUGCAAAGAGGAGGUGGCAGCUGGCUUGACCCUGUGGUUUUUGUUGGAAAGUGACAGAUGAUCCCAGGAUUACCAGCACCACAUGUGUGCCGGAGUUGGGUUUCUGGUGGGCUUAUCUGGGUCAAGGCUUGCGUCUCCUGGGAUGUCCAAGAACUUAGGUUCCUCCACGCAAUAUGCUACCUGCAUCCCAACCAGGGAGCCUGCCUGCUGACUCUGUAAGGUACUCUACUGCCUAUCUCACCAUGCACAAACAGUCCUGUCUUCUUAUCACCCUGUUUCACUAAUUGCCCUGUCCACUUUAUCUCUUGGAAGUCCUGGUGGAUUGUGUUUGCUUUUUUGGAUCGCUGGGAAGAGAAGAAUUUGGAGGACACUGCACUCCAUACUAAAGAACUUAAGGGGGGGAAAUCAUUACAAGGUUACUAUGCAAUUGCGACUGCUUUCUUUGUGUUUGAUCAUUGUGAACUUCUUGGAAUACAUUGAGAGCCAACACAUCCCUAGAGGGAGGCGACAUCGAAGAAUGCAUCCCAACGUGAGCCAGGGUUGCCAAGGAGGAUGUGCCACAUGUUCCGAUUACAAUGGCUGCAUAACAUGUAAACCAAGACUGUUUUUUGCUCUAGUAAGGAAUGGUAUGAAGCAAGUUGGGGUUUGUCUUUCUUCUUGUCCAAAUGGAUACUAUGGAAUGCGCUCUCCGGGAAUUAAUGAGUGUAAAAGAUGUAAAGCUGACUGUGAAACAUGUUUCCACAAAAGCUUCUGCACGAAAUGUAAAGGUGGUUUUUAUUUGCACAGUGGAAAAUGUCUUGACACAUGUCCAGAUGGGUUUGAAAACAAUAAUCACAGCAUGGAAUGCAGUACUAUUGUACACUGCGCGGUCAGUGAGUGGAGUCCUUGGGGUUCCUGUACAAAAAGGGGGAAAACAUGUGGCUUCAAGCGGGGCAACGAAACAAGAACCCGUGAGAUACUACAGCACCCUUCAGCACGUGGCACACCUUGCCCGGCAACAAAUGAAACAAGAAAAUGCAUAGUGCAGAGAAAGAAAUGUUCAGAAAGGAUAAAAGGCAAAGAUGAGACAAAAAAGAACAAGCAGAGAAGAAAGGAAGGAGAUGCACAGAGGAAACAGAGGCAGAAAAAACAAGAAAAACCUCAGCGAGGAGAAGGAAAGCAACGAGAAGUCAAAGCCUAGAAAUUGGAAAAUGCAGACGAUGCAGCCAUAACCUUCUUGUGCUCUUAUCGGACAUGUAAAGGCCGCAUGCCUCUAUGACCGACUUCUGAUGCUGCUAUACUGAUCACAUCCCUGGCUCACUAAACCUUUAGAUGGAGUGGAGAACUUUCAUACAACUAAGGCCUUAACAACAUUCCAAGCUUCUCUCUUGUAAUUACUGAUCUGCUGAAAUAGAAAAAGAAUCAGAGACACCUAACGGAAAAGAAUUAUGAGAUGUGCUCCAUGGAUGCUUUAUAUUUUUAUGCUUUUAUGCAUAUGUAAAAGACAAUUAAGACUCUCUUCAAUUAAGACUCUCUUCCUUGUAAUUAUUAAUAGCAACAUCUUAGCCUAUUUUGUAAAGUAUUUUUUCAAGCUGUUUUUUUUUUUUUUUGAGAAUUAUAGACAAGUUAUAUAUGGAAAUCUACAGCACAGUUGUUCUCUAACACAUUUCUGUGGUUGAAUCACGAAAAAAAAAAAAAAAA